UUUGCAUGUAUUAAAGUGCAAUUAAUUUUCAUUCAUUCGUUUUGAUUAUAUGGUUUUCAGUUCAUUUUGCGUCGACAAUGUUUCUGGCAAUGUUUUUGGCUCUAUGUUUUUUCAUCGUUCGAAGCAAAGCAGUACCCCCAGAAGAAUGUUUUGCUAACUUCAGAUGGGAUGAUUGUGGACAAACACCCGAGCCAGUUAUUUAUUACUGGAAACCUGGGUCCAGGUGUGAAGUAGGUACGUGGCGCGGAUGUCUACCAAACCCAAACAUGUUCAAAAACGAGGACGAAUGUACAAAAACAUGCAUAUUUGAUAAUAUUAUCUAUAAACGCUUCGAUGAUGUGACCGGUUUCGAAGAGACAUUGCCAUUCAAUGUCACGGUGGCUGCUGACGAAACGUCGCCAUCCAAUGUCACAAUGGUUCCCGAUUAUUCCACGACAGUGACGGUUGAUGGUGAAACGUUGGUUCCCAACGUUGAUAACGAGACUUCUAAGGACAGUAAAGGUGCAAAGUCAAACGAUACUACGAUUCCCGAUAGUAAAUUGCCUUCCAACGGAAGUUUACUUUCCAACGAGACAAACACACCAGCUUCAAACGAUGCGUUCAAGCCUGAUGAUCCCGCAGGUUCCAACAAAACACCUGCUGAGGAGAAUGAACCUGAUGAACAAGAGAAAGAUAACAAUAAGCCUGACGAAACACCUGCUCAGGCACCGCAAGACGAGUCAGCUAAUGAACAAGAGAAAGAUAACAAUAAGCCUGACGAAACACCUGCUCAGGCACCGCAAGACGAGGCACCUAACGAACAAGAGAAAAAUAACAAUAAGCCUGACGAAACACCUGCUCAGGCACCGCAGGACGAGGCAUUUAAUGAACAAGAAAAAGAUGAUGAUAAGCCUGAUGAAGAAGAGAAACCAGUAGGGCGUAGUCGAUUAGCUAGCUUUUUAAAGGGAAAGUAAAUUUUGUGAAUUAAAAUCUACUUACUCAUAUUUU